AUGUCAGCCGCUGCGUCCAUCAAUGAGCUCGAAUCACCUCAGCACAAACCCAUUGAACUCGAAGAAGAAGUUCAAGAACGCCUUGUUCUCGAGCAAUUCAUUCCCCCGGCUGGCCCUCUGAUCGCUGUGGAUUUGGAUGACGUCCUGAGUCAGACCAAUGUCGCUGUUGCAGAAUGGCAUAAUGAAAAGUAUGGUACCAACAUGAAGUUAUCUGACUUCCUCUACUAUUACUAUUGGAAGAAUCCGUACUGGGGAACACCGGAGGAGACCUUCAAGAAGGUGCGCGAGUUCUACGAGACCGACAUCAUCUACAAUACGAAACCGGUGCCUGGGGCCAGGGAAGGAAUCGAGAAUCUUCGACAGCUAGGCUUCCGCCUGAUUAUCGUUACUGCGAGGGCAGAGGAUACCGCAGAUCAGAGUUGGAAAUGGGUGGAGAGAUAUUUCCCUGGAUGCUUUGAGAGCAUCGUCUGCACUGGUCAGUUCAAAGAUGCUCAUAAAAAAGGCCACGAAGUUGUCACACGGUUAAGUAAAGCCCAAGUUUGCCAUGAUCUGAAGGCCCUGCUUUUGAUCGACGAUUCGUCGGAGAACGCCCUCAGCGUCGCAUCCGCAGAAAACCCCACACCCGUUCUAUUGUUCGGAGACUACCAAUGGAAUCAACGGGUCUGCAAUCCCGCGGAUAGCCACGAAGACACAACCUUCGACAUUCGAUUGAAGCGCGAAGGUGGUAAAGAGUUUUGGAAGGGAGAGUCUGUCCCAAUCCCUGAGGGCGCCCCACUUUGGCGUGUCAAGGACUGGAGCGAUGCCCUUCGCUGGGUCAAACAGCGCAUUGUCGACGGAAAGUUGCAAGUUUAA